AUGAAUGACGCAAUGGGCUUCGAGCUGCCGUGGGUCUACUUUGUCAGUCUGGUCAUCUUUGGAUCCUUCUUUGUUCUCAACUUGGUUUUGGGAGUAUUGAGUGGAGAGUUUUCCAAAGAGCGAGAGAAGGCCAAAGCUCGGGGAGAUUUCCAGAAGCUACGAGAGAAGCAGCAGUUAGAGGAAGACCUGAAAGGAUACCUGGACUGGAUCACGCAGGCAGAGGACAUCGACCCCGAGAACGAUGAGGAGGGAGACGAGGAGGGCAAGCGGAACCCGAGCAUGCCCAGUGAGACAGAGUCGGCGAACACGGACAAUCACAACGGAGAGGAUAAAAAGUCCCCCUGCUGUGGGCCGCUGUGUCAAAAAAUAUCUAAGUCAAAGUUCAGUCGUCAGUGGAGGCGGUGGAACCGUUUCUGCCGCAGAAAGAGUCGAACAGCCGUGAAAUCUGUGACGUUUUAUUGGCUGGUGAUCCUCUUGGUGUUCCUCAACACUCUCACCAUCGCCUCUGAGCACUACAAUCAGCCAGACUGGCUGACGGAAGUACAGGAUGUAGCCAACAAAGUUCUCCUGGCGAUGUUCACGUUGGAGAUGCUGGUGAAGAUGUACAGUUUGGGCCUGCAGGCAUACUUUGUGUCCCUAUUUAACCGCUUUGACUGUUUCGUGGUGUGCGGAGGCAUCGUAGAGACCAUCCUGGUGGAGCUGGCCGUUAUGUCUCCGCUGGGUAUCUCUGUAUUCCGUUGCGUAAGACUUCUAAGGAUCUUUAAAGUCACACGUCAUUGGGCGUCUCUCAGUAACCUGGUGGCGUCUCUGCUAAACUCCAUGAAGUCCAUCGCCUCCCUGUUGCUGCUGCUCUUUCUCUUCAUCAUUAUUUUCUCCCUGCUCGGCAUGCAGCUAUUUGGGGGAAGGUUCAAUUUUGACGAGACUGUGACCAAAAGGAGCACGUUUGAUAACUUCCCCCAGGCCCUGCUCACUGUGUUCCAGAUCUUGACAGGAGAAGAUUGGAAUACAGUGAUGUAUGACGGCAUCAUGGCGUACGGUGGCCACGCCUCUUCUGGAAUGGUGGUCUGCAUUUACUUCAUCAUUCUCUUCAUCUGCGGAAACUACAUCCUGCUGAACGUUUUCUUGGCCAUCGCUGUUGACAACCUGGCAGACGCAGAGAGCCUCAAUACAGCACAGAAGGAGGAAGAGGAGGCCAAGAAGAGGAAGAAUAGCAUCAAAGAAGCAAGCAUAGACAAGAAGAGAGUUGCUAUAAUAGACAUCAAGGAUGGAGAUACCAAGGAGCCAGCAGAGGCUUUGCUGGAGGAGGACAAGGAGACAUAUCCUGCCAUCAACACUCCAGGUGGCGAUGAAGAAGAUAAUGAAAACCUUCCAGAAGUCCCGUUGGGGCCCCGCCCCCUGAGGCUGUCUGAACUCACCAUCAAAGAAAAGACUCUGCCCAUCCCAACGGGAAGCGCUUUCUUCAUCUUCAGCAGCACUAACCCGUUUCGUGUUUUCUGCCAUAAACUGAUCAACCAUCACAUCUUCACCAAUCUCAUCCUGGUCUUCAUCAUGCUCAGCUCCGUCUCUCUGGCUGCUGAGGACCCCAUCCGCAACUUCUCUGCUCGCAAUAUCAUACUUGGUUAUUUUGACUAUGCUUUCACCGCAAUCUUUACUGUUGAGAUCCUGUUGAAGAUCCUAGGCUAUGCAGACUAUGUCUUCACUAGUAUGUUUACAUUUGAGAUCCUUAUUAAGAUGACAGCGUUCGGAGCUUUUCUUCACAAAGGGGCGUUCUGUAGAAACUACUUCAACCUUUUAGACCUGCUGGUCGUUGGCGUGUCUCUAGUAUCCUUCGGCAUUCAGUCCUCUGCUAUCUCAGUUGUGAAGAUUCUCCGUGUUUUGAGAGUCCUUCGUCCACUCAGGGCCAUCAACAGAGCCAAGGGACUAAAGCACGUGGUCCAGUGUGUGUUUGUGGCCAUCAGGACCAUCGGCAACAUCAUGAUCGUCACCACGCUGCUGCAAUUCAUGUUCGCCUGUAUCGGAGUGCAGCUCUUUAAGGGUAAAUUUUAUCGUUGCGCCGAUGAUGCAAAGUCCAGCCCAGAAGAAUGCAAAGGUAACUACAUCCUCUACAACAACGGGGACACAGCGCUGCCCAUGGUGAAGGAGAGGAUCUGGUACAACAGCGACUUCAACUUUGACAAUGUCCUCAUGGCCAUGAUGGCUCUUUUCACCGUCUCCACUUUCGAAGGAUGGCCCACUCUGCUCUACAAGGCCAUCGACUCUCACAAGGAGAACAUGGGUCCGAUCUACAACUACCGCAUCGAGAUCUCCAUCUUUUUCAUCAUCUACAUCAUCAUCAUCGCCUUCUUCAUGAUGAACAUCUUUGUCGGUUUCGUCAUUGUUACUUUUCAGGAGCAAGGGGAGAAGGAGUACAAGAACUGUGAGCUCGAUAAGAACCAGCGUCAGUGCGUGGAAUAUGCUCUUAAAGCUCGUCCUUUGCGCCGCUACAUACCCAAAAACCCUUACCAGUACAAGUUCUGGUAUGUGGUCAACUCUACUGGCUUUGAGUACGUCAUGUUUGUUCUAAUCAUCCUCAACACCUUGUGUCUGGCCAUUCAGCACCAUGGUCAGUCUCAUCUGUUUAACUAUGCCAUGGACAUCCUCAACAUGGUCUUCACAGGGGUUUUCACUGUGGAGAUGAUCCUCAAACUCAUCGCCUUUAAACCCAGAGGCUAUGUUGGGGACGCCUGGAACGUCUUUGAUGCUCUGGUCGUGAUUGGAAGUGUAGUCGACAUCAUACUGAGCCAGAACUAUUUUGCUGAUGCAUGGAACACGUUUGAUGCCUUAAUUGUUGUGGGUAGCGUGGUUGACAUUGCCAUCACUGAGAUCAAUGUAAGUAAUUACUCCCAACCUCCUCCCGUUCAGAACACAGAGGACAGCGCUCGUAUCUCCAUCACCUUCUUCCGCCUGUUCAGAGUGAUGCGAUUGGUCAAACUUCUGAGCAGGGGGGAGGGCAUCAGGACUCUGCUGUGGACCUUUAUCAAGUCCUUCCAGGCUCUCCCCUAUGUUGCACUCCUGAUAGCCAUGCUGUUCUUCAUCUAUGCUGUAAUUGGGAUGCAGGUGUUUGGAAAAAUAGCCAUGGUGGAUGGGACACAAAUCAACCGCAACAACAACUUUCAAACUUUUCCUCAAGCUGUCCUGAUGCUCUUCCGGUGUGCCACAGGAGAGGCCUGGCAGGAGAUCAUGCUGGCCUGUCUGCCGGGGAAACUGUGUGAUCCAGAGUCGGAAUACAACCCCGGAGAGGAGAGAACCUGCGGCAGCGGCUUCGCCAUCAUCUACUUCAUCAGCUUCUACAUGCUCUGUGCUUUCCUGAUCAUCAACCUGUUUGUUGCUGUCAUCAUGGAUAACUUUGACUAUCUGACCCGCGAUUGGUCCAUUCUGGGACCGCAUCACCUGGAUGAGUUCAAAAGGAUCUGGUCUGAAUACGACCCCGAAGCAAAGGGCAGGAUUAAGCACCUUGACGUGGUGACUCUGCUCAGGAGGAUCCAGCCUCCGCUGGGCUUUGGCAAGCUCUGUCCUCACAGAGUGGCCUGUAAGCGUCUGGUGGCGAUGAACAUGCCCCUCAACAGUGACGGGACGGUCAUGUUUAAUGCCACCUUGUUCGCUCUAGUCCGCACUGCUCUCAAGAUUAAAACCGAAGGUAACCUGGAGCAAGCCAAUGAGGAGCUCAGAGCUGUGAUAAAGAAGAUCUGGAAGAGGACGAGCAUGAAGCUGCUGGACCAAGUGGUGCCCCCAGCAGGCG